GAAUAAUUGGUGUGCUUACCAUCGUAAAAAAUAAAAAUAAAAAGAAUCAAUUUAUUUGGCCUUGGUAUAGAGUAUUCUUGAAUUUAUUUCCUGAAAUUGUGAAUCCACGUGUCAGCAUCCAUGAUCAUGAGUUAGCAAGUCCUCACAUUGAAGAGCCCAAAAAUAUCAAGAAAUCCUGAGAGUCGACCAGAAAAGAAAAUAGUGGUUAACAAAAAUGUCAGUUGCUUUAAUCGACACCAGCUUCGUCUCCAACCCUUUGACACUCUCGUUCAGACACAGAAGCAUCCCAGCUGGCGCAAAACGCGUUUCCAUAUCCUGCCGGCACGCCCCAGAAGGAGACCGCAGCAAUGAUUCCACAAGGAAAAGUGAGAAUCAGCUGGCGAAGCUGGCUUUGGCUGCGAUGGCGGUUGGGGUAAUCACACUGGGAUCUGUUGAUCCGGCCGCCGCCGCCAAGACUGGCGGCAGGGUUGGUGGCCAAGCUUUCCGCCCAUCGGCGCCGCGGGCUUCCGCCCCAAGACCCAACAACAAUUCAAGGACGAAUAUAUACAUCAAUCCGCCAGUGGCCCCUCCUCUAGUGGGUGGAUAUGGGUAUGGCUUUGGUGUGCCAUAUUAUGGCGGAUGGGGGUGGUCUCCCUUCUCAUUUUUCGCCCCAGCGCCAGGCGUUGCUGUUGGGGUUGGAGGUGGAUUCGACCUUUUUCUUCUCUUCAUUCUUCUUGGAGCUGUUUCAGCCUUUGUCAGGAGAUUCUUCAGACCAAGACAAGACGAUGAUCAAUACUAAAAAACCUCAGUAACAUGCAUGUGCUUUCACAUUUUGGUGUUGUAUAUAUACUACUUCACAAUCACAGUAUUGCAUCAACACCAAGAAGCAAAACUUUUCUGAGUAACAAUUUAAAUAAAGAAACUUUUGGUUUUUCUUCACAA